CUCUUCCUUAUUAUAAUCAACAUGUUUAUUAUGUGAACAGAACACUUGUUUAGUUUGGCUCCUGUAAUUCCUUCAGUUUGGUAGUUAAUCCCCCUCCCUUGCAGACACAGAACACACACAAAGAUGGAAUCAAGAAGGCAAGACCAGAAAGGAGAUAGCAUGUCAGAAGAGGCAACCAUUGAUUGGAGAGGCAGACCAUCUGAUCCCAACAAGCAUGGAGGAACGAGAGCUGCUGCUUUCGUUCUUGGGGUACAAUCAUUUGAGAUAAUGGCUAUAGCAGCAGUUGGGAACAACCUUAUAACAUAUGUGAUAAAUGAGAUGCACUUUUCUCUAUCAAAAUCAGCAAACACAGUGACGAACUUUAUUGGCACCAUCUUCAUCCUUGCUCUCUUUGGUGGCUACCUUUCUGAUUCGUAUCUCGGUUGUUUCUGGACCAUGCUCAUCUUUGGCUUCAUCGAACUCUCUGGUUUCAUAAUGUUGUCAGUUCAAGCCCAUCUCCCUCAGCUGAAGCCACCAAAAUGCAACAUGUUAACAGAUGGAAAUCAAUGCAUAGAAGCUAAAGGGAUGAAGACCUUAAUAUUCUUUGUAGCUCUCUACUUGGUGGCAUUAGGAAGUGGCUGUGUGAAGCCAAACAUGCUGGCCCAUGGUGCUGACCAAUUCAACCGAAGUGACUCAAAGCAGUCCAAGAAGCUCUCCACCUACUUCAAUGCUGCCUACUUUGCCUUUUCCAUGGGUGAACUCAUUGCUCUCACCCUCCUUGUUUAUAUCCAAACCCAUUCGGGUAUGGAUAUCGGGUUUGGGGUGUCUGCCAUCAUCAUGGCAAUGGGUUUAAUCUGCUUGGUUUCUGGAACCUUAUUUUAUAGGAACAAGCCUCCUCAAGGAAGUAUUUUAAUCCCUAUUCUACAAGUAUUUGUGGCUGCAGUUUUGAACAGGGAUCUCGUCUUCCCAUCUAACCACAGCAUGCUUCAUAGAAGUCAAUAUGAGCUUCAAAAUAGCCAUUCCUCCAUGACAAAUGACAUUGCUAGUCUUCGUCAUACUGAUAGGUUCAGGUUAUUAGACAAAGCCUGUAUAAAGAAACAAGGAGAGGACAACUAUAUAAAUUCAAAGGAAAGCCCAUGGAGGCUGUGCACUUUGGACCAGGUUGAGCGAGUGAAGAUCCUAAUCUCUGUCAUUCCAAUUUUUGCCUGCACAAUCGUCUUUAACACCAUUUUAGCACAGCUGCAAACCUUCUCGGUCUCCCAAGGAAGUGCUAUGAACAACCAAAUCACGAAAUCCUUCCACGUCCCACCAGCCUCACUCCAAGCCAUCCCUUACAUCUUUCUAAUCUUUGUAGUCCCUAUUUAUGACUACCUUUUCGUCCCAUUUGCUCGAAAAAUCACUGGUCAUGUUUCUGGAAUCGCCCCCUUGCAGCGUAUAGGGUUUGGCCUAUUUGUUGCAACUUUUUCAAUGGUUUCAGCUGGCCUGAUAGAGAAAAAGAGAAGGGAAUCCUUUACAAGUUCUGGUCAAAGAUUAUCCAUUUUUUGGAUAGCCCCACAAUUCAUAAUAUUUGGAUUAUCUGAAAUGUUUACCGCUGUGGGGUUGAUCGAGUUCUUUUACAAGCAGAAUUUGAGAGGGAUGCAGUCUUUCUUGACAGCUAUGACGUACUGUUCAUACUCCUUUGGUUUCUAUCUAAGCUCAGUACUUGUUUCGUUGGUGAACAAGAUCACCUCAAGAUCAUCAGAUGGUGGCUGGCUCGGAGGUAUUGAUCUAAAUAAGGCCAGAUUAGACCUUUUCUACUGGUUGCUAGCAGGACUAAGUUUGAUCAACUUCCUCAACUAUCUCUUCUGGGCAAGAUGGUAUAACAAUUCAUGUAACCGAUUGUCGUCAGGCACACAGCAUCAUGAUAUCAAAGAAGGCAUUCAUCAUAACUUAAACCCUGCGAAGUAUCUUGGAGAUGACAAUAUACCUUAAUUUAUGACGUCAGACAUAUGAGAUAUGCAUAUAUAUUUGGCAGUCUCUUAAGUGUUGCUUUAAAUUUUAAAAGAAAUCUAUAAAAGAACAUAGAUAAAAGAA